GGAGGGCCAGGAAGUGACGGCCAUACCCGCGGAGUCGGCGGAAUCUGUGAAGUCGGCGACGUCUGCUCCGGCCCUGCGUUCUUGGGCCCUGGGCGAUGGAGAACGGAGGGGUUUACAGAGAGACCACAGAGGCGCACCCGGCCUCCGCCAGAGGCCCCCGUAGCAGCCUCGCCAUCUACUUCACCCUGGGCCGGCUCAAGGGGCGCUGGGGCUACAAAUUCUCGCAGCUGGUGCUGUCUCUUUUGGCCUUUAUCUGUGAGGAGAUUGUGUCACAGUGUACUUUGUGUGGAGGGCUUUACUUUUUUGAAUUUGUGAGCUGCAGUGCCUUUCUGCUGAGCCUCCUCAUGCUGAUAGUGUACUGCACGCCGGUUUACGAGAAGGUUGAACUCGUGAAAGUCAAGUCAUCGGAUUUUUAUAUUACUUUGGGAACAGGAAUUGUGUUUUUGUUGGCAUCCAUCAUUUUCGCUUUAACACAUGACAAUACCUCAGCUGAAAUUUCUGCAGUUGUAUUUGGAUUUUUGGCAAGUCUUAUGUUCCUGUUGGACUUUAUCAUUAUGCUAUGUAAAAAGCUCCAGGAGCCCCGGCCAAGGAAACCUGAGGCUACCCCCAGGAGCGAGCAUGUCACCGAACCACUUAACGCUUAAAGACUCAGGGAACAGGUGUCACGUACGGCGGUGAGUGUGCGGUGCCUGGGGCCUGGCAGCAGCGCGUGUAUAAGUUGUGUUGUUGGUAAACCACUUCUUUGGGAGAGGAAAGCGGUUGGAUCGUUUGAUCAGUAUUCAUCAGACAGUGUGUCAGUCACCGCAAAUUGGGCCAGAGGGGUUUUGGUUUUGUUUUUGGUUUUUAAUUUUUUUUUGUAAUAGUUGAAACUUGUGUCAGAUGAAGUUUUGUUUUGCUUUUUGGAGGUGAGAGCAGUUGUUUCUUAAGUAUCACAGAGCUCAAUUGAUGGUAAAUUAUUCUGUCAUCGUCACUAGGUUUGGCUUCCAAAUUAUGCUUUAUAGCUGUGGAAACACAUGAUUAAUUAAGUGCAUCCAUUCUUUUUUUUUUUCAUUUUUUAAUUUGUUUAGCUGUGACUGUUUACGUUGCUUUUGAUGAUUAGAUCACGUGUGUAUUUACAAGAUCAAUAUUUUAAAUGCUGGUCUAGGUUUUUUUCCUUCAGAUAUAAUACCCAGGCUUUACUGUAUCUCACUCAGCCUUAAAAUUAUACUGUAACAUUUUAGGAUAAUUAUAAUUAACUCUUAGACCUUUUUUAGCCUAACAUAAAAUGUGUGGGAGAUGUUGAUACUUUAUGUUAUAAAAGCAACAACAUUAGCAACCCCAUGUUCAAACUGCACUUUGAUUGUUGAGAGCAGGUUAAAAAAAUCUUUAUAUAAUUUGACAUAGAAAAAUGGAAGAAACUGGUAUUGUGCCUAAAGACCAAAGAAAAGAAAGAUAAACUUUUUGCAGAUACAGUGAGAGUAGUUGUAAAAGCAGGCUUCAGCCACUUCUUCAGCGUCUGAAGAGAUGAGUUCAUACUACAAGACGGCGGUUUGUUCCCUUUUGCUAUACUAUCAUUUCUACUGAAAUUGGUACAGCUUCGCAGGUUCUGUUCAGUGUUUUCUUGGGAACCAACCUUCUUUUUAAAGCCCUAACCUUUGAUCUUUCAUUUGAGAACCUCCCCUUUCUGUCUCCGUAUCAGAACCGUUUUGGCAUCUGGCCCAGGAGGGCCUGUGGCUCUGCCUCUUCCUUGGUGCCAGUUGUCUUUUAGGUCGUCCAGAAUCUUGGGCCCUUGUGCUUGCGUAGAGUGUGCAGCCAGGUCUUUAGGGUUCUUGUUCCCACUUAGGCAUUGCUCUGGUUUCUCUUUGGAGGAGACCUUCUUGAGAAAGUGGAUAUCUAGAGAAUCCUGCUGAGGUUCAUACCAUUGAGGUGGAAGGGAAGGGAGUAGUCAAACCAUUCUCGGGAGACACUUUAUAACCAGUUCUGAUCAUUUGGAAGAAUUAUCUGUUGCUGGUAGACUCUCUUGGAGCCGGCCAGAUAGGGCACUUUGAGGGAGACCUUUCUGACCAAGUUGUUCACAAACUAGGCUUUUCCUGUUCUCCUGCUAGAUUUCUGACUCAGGACUCUAGGGUUAAGGCAGUGAGCCCAUGCAUCAGGUCCUUCAGUACUUUGGUGGAAGUCUCCCGGGCCAGGCGGGCUAGGUUUUCUGUCUGAACAAGUGGAAUCGUGUUUUCAGUGAGACAGUUAAAUGAUCCCAUCCUUCUUAAAUUUCUCAUCUGCCGUUUGUGUGUUGUUGAUGGGUUUCAACUGCGUGAAUAUGGCUAAAUGGGUUCUCCAAAAUGGGUCAUCCUGGCCAGACAUGGCUUCUGCUCUGUCUUACUGACUCAGAACCUUAUCCAUCUGUGUCAGAGUUUGGAUGCUAGUGCUAGUGGUGAUGCCACCCCUACCUGCUUGGGAGAUAAUGAAACCAGUCAUAUGGAUGCUGCUCUUACUGGGCGUGCCGUCUAAGAAAGGAGAAAUAGCCUGGGUCUUGGGUCUAAGAAUAAAGACUGUUUCAAAGAUAAGCAGCUCAUGGUAGGCAAGUUCUGGAAUUUCAUAUCAAACUAUACCAUUGUCAUUUUAAGUGCCAUCUUCACCCAGCUGGGAUUCACAGCAAACCAUCUGGGCCACCUCAGGGACCCCACCCGUGCACUGGGCUUAGUUGAGUUUGGCAGACUGUCCUCAGCUGGCCUCACAGACACAGCACGUUGACACUGAGCUUAAGCUCUGCUUGUUCUGAGGUUUCACUUCCAUUUGUUUCACUGGUGCAGAAAUGGACCUCUUAGCUGGCCCCCCAAUCCUCUCCUUUUCAAGAUACAUUCACCGGUAUUUCUGGCCCCUCUAGAACCUUUCUUCACACUGUUUUCUACCAGAUCCAUGACUGAUUAGCCUCCCUCUUCUAUUGUAGAAGGAAUUAGGAAUAAAAAGACCUUUGUGGUAAAUAAAAAGUUCAAGGAGAACUUGGGACCAAAGCCACUGUUAUGUAUAGAAAAGGGCAAACUCAAUAUAAAACUCAAAUUUAAAAUAAUUUUUUAAAUCAAUGGAUAUGGUAAAUUUGUUAUUUUACAAAUAAACUGUUUAGAAUGGUUCUUAAAAAUUAUAAGGGGAAUGUGCAUAUAGUAGAAAAAUUUUAUAAUUGCUAUGCUUAUGUUCUGUUUGGAGACCGGGAAAUGUAUUUUUACAUUGUUUAUAGCCAAUCAUUUUUGUAUUUAUUAAUUAUGUAUCCUGUGUCUUUUAUAUCUCUCUCAAUGUCAAAUUUUGUAGUCUUCUUUUUAAAUAAAUCCACUUUCUUCAUA